AUGACAACCCCUGAAAGAGUGAUGCGUAUAGAAUAUAUCAGUCAGGAUACAGAUGAUAACACACGAGACGAUUCCAUAGUCGAUCAUGAGAGCGAGACAACAGAGAACAAACAGCUUCGGGAAGAGAUCAAGUUCUGGAAACAGCAAUUUGCGACUCUAGCGCAGGUAUCUUACAAUCAUGCCGAGACGAAUCGCAAUCUAAUUCAAGGAAUACGCCUCCGUGAAAGUCAAAGUGACAUACCACAACUCCAGCUGGACAAGACUGACGUCAAAAACCGGGGAUCGAUAUGGUCACUUGCCGACGAUAUGAAACUCCGUAUCCACAAAAAACUAUGCAAUGAUUGGAACGAAGUGAGCAAUCACCUCAACCACACUCCCCAAGAAUGUGAGCAACGAUACGAGAUACUGGCCGCGACGCCAUCGUCCAAGGAGGACCAAGCAGCACGUGCUUUAGCACAUACGUACGAAAGGUUCAAAAAAUCGUUCUGGCAACUGAUCGGUGCUGAAUCGUCCCACGUUCCCCGCUUCAACAUGACUAGCAAUUCCAUCGACCCCCAAUUGUUGAACAUUCCCAUGAAUAAAAUUACAGGUCACACCAGGCUUCAUCGGGAAGAGCCGCCCGAUGAUCUUAUCAGAAAUGUUGAAGGAUGGUUCACUAGCGCACCAAAAAAGCAGGAGGCCAACCUGCAAUGGGCUCGGGCUAGCUAUGGUACUACCGAGGACAAAUUACUUCAGGAAUUCCUCAAUCACGGCAAUAUCGUGGCAACGAACGUCGAUGCCCUUCUGGGCUCUGAAAGCUGUGCGGGUCUUCCGGUAAUGGUUCAUUAUCUGCCGAAUGUUUCCCAUGACGGUUUGUCCAGCCGGGUUACACCCUAUUGGAUCGCUCCUCAGGUAUAUGACAAUGCAUACCUCCUGAUUCGACCAUUGCGCAAGACGAUCCAUCUGCCGAUCUAUAACACGUACCCAAAUAAGUUGAUAACAGAGGUCUCCAAUGCAGAUAUACGAUGGGAAGGGACAUCGCCGAGCCAGAUCUCACUUUACCCGUUUCGGACCAAGAUUUCUCUUCCCUGGCGGGAAGAGACUAUUUUUGUUUGCCAGAUGUACUCUACAAGCGGUGAAAGCCCCGCAGCAGAUAGAGAUCGAGAUGUAAUUCCUUUUAUGACUAGUGGAUUGGGAUUGAUUGGAGAGGAAUAG